AUGUGGGAGCCGGUGUGGGCCUCCUGGUUCCCCCGCUGCUUUUUACUCAUCAUCAGCGCUCACACAUCAGCGGUGUCGGUCGUCGGAGACCUGCGGCCGUGCGAUAAGUCGCUCAUCGUGCCUUUUUCUUGUCUGUCUUUGACUCCUUGCUCAGAUGAGGGAUGGGCAGAAUGUAAGGUGAGGCCGCCGUGCUCAGAGAAGGAUUACUUCCAGAUCCACACAGCCUGCGACAGCGAAGGGAAGACGCAGGUGCUGUAUCGUUGGGUGGAGCCAAAGAUUUGUGUGGAGAACAUCACGGGGGCCAUGGAGCUGCCUGCGACGGGGCAGAGGGAACCCUGCCCUCCCUGCAAUCCAGGCUACUACAACAGCAACGACUCCACCUGUCUGCCCUGCCCACCUGGAACCCACUCUGACGGCACCUAUGCGUGUGUGGAGUGCCCUGCAGGUACAGAGCCAGUGUUAGGUUACGAGUAUAAAUGGUGGAACGUGCUGCCCUCUAACAUGAAGACUUCCUGCUUCAACGUGGGCAACUCCAAAUGUGAUGACAUGAACGGAUGGGAGGUCGCAGGAGACCACAUUCGCAGCGGAGCAGGCAGUUCAGACAAUGACUAUCUCAUCCUCAGCUUGCAUGUGCCCGGCUUCAAGGUCCCAGCCUCACUUUCAGGGAUGACCGGCAGCGAGUUUGGCCGGAUAACCUUUGUGUUCGAGACCAUCUGCUCUGCCGACUGUGAGCUCUACUUCAUGAUGGAUGUGAACAGGAAGAGCACCACGGUGGUGGAGUCCUGGGAGGGCAGUAAGGGCAAACAGUCGUAUUUACACAGCAUGACUAGAAACGCCUCUGUCACGUAUACGUGGGCCUUCCAGAGGACGAACCACGCUCUAGAUGUUCGUCGUUACGUCAGUGACAUGGUGAAGCUCUACUCCAUCAGUGUGACAAACGUUCUGGAUGGGGUGGCGUCAGCGUGUCGGGCCUGUGCUCUGGUACCACAGAACUCGCAGCGGGCCGGCUCCUCCUGUGUUCCCUGCCCGGCCGGGUUUUACAUCGACAGAGACACAAACCGAUGCCAGGAGUGCCCACCCAACACACACCUGGCAGGACGACACACUUACGGCCAGGACGCCUGCGUUGUAUGUGGACCUGGAAGCAUCAGCAACAAGGAACAUUCGCGUUGCUAUAGCGACUGCUCCUUCACCCACACUGACAACAACCGUACGCUGACCUUUGACCUCAGCCCGCUGAGCGACGUGGCCUCGCUGACCAUCGGGCCGAGUUUCACUUCUAAAGGCACAAAAUAUCUUCACCUGUUCAACAUCAGCCUGUGUGGCCACGAGGGGAGGAGAGCUGCUAUCUGCACUGAUAAUGUCACUGACGUGUCCAGCAAAGACGACCAGAGCGACUCGGCUCAGUUCGUCAACUCGGUGGACAGCUUCAUCUGUCAGUCAACCAUCAUCCCAGCUGAUGGGCGGGGCUUCAGGAUGGCCAUUUCCUCCCAGUCCAUCGGCCUCGCAGACACUUUCAUCGGAGCUACAGUCGACACCGUUCUCAAUGGGGUGAACGCUAAACCUGACCUUUUCCCAGAAAAUUCAAAGGACAUUCCAGACAUCAACUUCUUCUACAGGUCAAUGCAGGCAACAGCUUCAUGUGAUCAGGGUCGGAGUUCAGUCAUUACAGUUCGCUGUAACCCAGAGAAAUCUGAACGAGGAGAGCUGUCUGUUCCCAGCUCCUGUCCAGCAGGAACAUGUGAUGGGUGUACGUUUCACUUCCUGUGGGAGAGCGCCAGCGCCUGUCCACGCUGCACUGAGGACGACUACCACCAGAUAGAAGGAGCGUGCAAAGGAGGCAUCCAGGAAACUCUGUACGUGUGGAAUGAGCCCAAGUUGUGCACCAAAGGUGUGUCACUGCCUCCUCGAAGCUCCGCCCCCUGCGAGGCCAUCGCUCUGUGGCUGAAGGUUGGGGUUGGAGGCGGGGCCUUCGUGGCCGUGCUGCUCAUCUCCCUCACCUGCUAUUUCUGGAAGAAAAACAAGAGGCUGGAAUACAAGUACUCGCGUCUGGUGAUGUCUGCCAACAAGGAGUGUGAGCUGCCAGCUGCAGACAGCUGUGCCCUGGCUGAAGGAGAGGAGCCUGAUGAUGAUGUGGUCUACUCCCAUAAACCCUCCCUGCUGGGCAAACUCCGAGCCAUCGCCAACAAGCAUGAAGAUGGAGAGAGCAGCGAAUCAGUGCAGCUCAACUCCUCCCAGUCUGAUCGAUGGGUCCUGGGAUAAUCUGAUGCCAGCAGACAGAGAGUGAGACCAGAGCUGAGUGACGGAGGAACAGUCUGGCAGUGAUAGUGUCACUGUCCACCUCCCUGUGUCCUUCGACCCCCCCUUCACUGUAGGGGAACCACUACAGACCCCAGUGCGGGGACAAUCUGGACAAUGGCUUUUCC